CUGGCCGCCGAGACCAGGAAGAAGCUCUACCCUCCCAGCUCCGACUUCCCGGACCUGCGGAGGCACAACAACUGCAUGGCGGCGGCCCUGACUCCGGCCAUUUACGCCAAGCUGAGGGACAAACUGACCCCCAACAGUUGGACCCUGGACCAGUGCAUCCAGACCGGCGUGGACAACCCGGGGCACCCCUUUAUUAAGACCGUGGGAUGUGUGGCCGGGGACGAGGAGAGCUACGAGGGAGAGGAGGAAGAGGAGGAGGAGAAAGAGGAGGAGAAGGAGGAGGAGGAAGAGGAAGAGGAGGAGGAGGAAGGGGAGGGGGAGGAAGAGGAGGAAGAGGAGGAGGAGGAAGAGGAGGAGGAAGAGGAAGAGGAGGAGGAGGAGGAAGAGGAAAGGAGGAAGAGGAGGAGGAAGAAGAGGAGGAGGAAGAGGAAGAGGAGGAGGAAGAGGAGGAGGAGGAAGAGGAGGAGGUCAGACGUUUUCCGACCGGGAGGGGAGGUAAAAAACGGGGGGAGAAACCUUGGAGGAGUCCAGGUCCGUGGGAUGUUUCAUGGUUUUGGAGUCGUAUCCGUUGUGCCGGUCUUUGAUGACGGGAUCAAAGAGCUCGGCGAACACCUGGAGACAGGUGAGAAGACCAAGGCGCUGAUGGACCGGCUGCAGAAGACGGUUUCCUCAGAGGGGAGGUUCAAGAACCUCAGAGAGACGCUGAAAAAGGAGAUCCGUCAGUUCCAGCAGGCCCCGUACCGGAUAGAGCACCAGCCCAAGGUGACCCAGUUCCUGCUGGAUAAGACGCUGGUGAUGGAUGAAGACACCCUCUACGAGCUCUCGCUCAAGAUCGAGCCUCGAGUUCCACCCGGAUAG